UGUCAACCGAGUAGGUACUUUUACAUUUUUGGGUGUGACAACAGUGGGUUUUGUGAGCUUUCAUGGGUGUUGCGCUCGCCAUUUUCUACGACAAUUAUUAAAUUUAAAUCAAUUUAUCAAAAUUAAUCGUGAUAUGAGGCUUAACUAACACGGUGUCGCGAAAAUAUGAACCUGCUGCACUUGACAAGGAUCGGCGUGAAUACCACGAGUGAGUAGAAGAAGAAGGAAAAUAAGGACCUCUAAUCAAGAUGCCUUUGCCGAAACGGGUAAUAGAGCCCGUUUACGUAACCAGGGGAACUCUUCCUGAAGAUUAUCCCCUUCCGUCUGAACUAGAAGGCGUAACUAACGGGAGCUUGGCCAAUACCGUUCGACAGCUGUCUUCUUUGUCAAGACACGCCGAGGAUAUGUUUGGAGAAUUGGCCCGAGAUGCUCAGCAGUUAUACGACAGAUCGAAUUCUCUUCAAGCUCGGAUAGACAGAUUGGCUAUCAAAGUUACUCAGUUGGACAGCAAUGUGGAAGAGGUUUCUUUACAGGACAUACAUAUGCGCAAAGCCUUCAAAAGUGCUGUGGUGUUCGACCAACAGAUUUUCUCGAAGUCUACAAUGCCGACAGCUCUUCAGGAAACGUACACAUCUUGCGAUAAACCUCCACCAUUGGACAAACUGAAUCGUUAUCGAGACGACGGAAAAGACGGUCUCAAGUUCUACACGGAUCCCAACUAUUUCUUCGAAUUAUGGCGUCAAGAAAUGAUCGAUGACACUGAAAGAAUGAUGCAUGAUAGGGGUAGGAAACCACAUAGACCAAGGACGGAAGGAGGCCAAAGCAGUGGAGGUGGAAGACAUAAAAAGCGGGUACGUCAACCUCACAACACGCGAGAAAGACAAAGACAACUUGCCAGGGAACAUGGAGAGGUUAUCAUGCCACCUAGUGCUGGUGGUAUAUAUAGAACGCCCCAGCAAAUCCAGCAACCUGGCGGCGCUCCCGGCGUACCACCGAUGCAACCGCAACAACUCCAAUUCGACGACAGCUCCCUCUCGUUGGACCAAUCCCCGAUGCAACAGCAGCAGCAGAUGCGGCCGGCGCGUCCCAAUUCGAUCGAGAUCAGGCGGUCCUACGGACCGACGACCGAGAUGCCGGACGGGAUGCCGCCGUCGCCGACGGGCGGUCCCGCAGGAGUCCCAACUUAUCAGCAGCCAAGUGGUUACGAGGAUGCGGCAGCGGCGUAUCAGCAGGGGUUGUACCAGCAGGGGCCGACUAGUAACGAGUCAUUGUACGCGGGGGCAGGUGGGACACCGACACGUGGCGGUAAGAUCCGACCGAGUCAACCGCCACCAGCGCCACCUAGCAACCAAAGCACGCCAUCAGCGAACACGCCCACAAGGGGCAGGAGCAUGUCUGCAGGAAGGGACAACCUACCACCACCACCGCCACCUCCUGAAGCCACCAUGUCUCCUCCAAACGGUAUUCCAGCACACAUUAUCCGACAGUCCAGCCAGUCUCGUUCGAACAGUCCACACUCUCACGUGGCUACGCCUGAACCUGCCGUAGGACCUCAAGAUUUACCACCUCCACCUCCUGUACCGACAGCUGUCAUAACUGCGACGAAACAGGCGUCACCACCAAAACAGAUGCAGACUCCAGCUGCACCCGCAGCGGUGGCUGCUGCACCCCCACCGCCUCCCCCGCCACCGAUGCCCGCCAUGAUGCCGAACGGACCAACAAUGUCACCGCCACCCUCGAUGCUGCUCAACGGUGACCUCGCCAAGAUCCUAAAUUCGGCCCCGCCCAAAUUGACGCCCGUCAAGGACAGACCGAUGAACAAACCACCGAUUAUCGAUCCAAGGAACGAUCUGUUGAAGGCUAUCAGAGAUGGGAUUAAGCUGAGGAAGGUGGAGAAGAUCGAACAGAAAGAAGUGGAACGUGGCAACGGUCUUCACGACGUGGCGAGCAUCCUCGCCCGACGUGUUGCAGUAGAAUUCAGCGAUUCGGACUCCGCCUCCGACUCGGAAUGCGACAGCGAAGGGUGGGGUGAGAACGAGACGUCAGCGUGACACAGACGCAAGGCUAGCACGGCUAGCCAGGCGUACUAACACUGAACAACGAGAAAAUACAACGGAAAGCACGAAGGUGCGUGAUUGAAGACAGACGGUUGUGAAGAGAGAAGGGUGGAAGUGAUAUUUGUGGGGUAGUAGGAAAUGGCACCAUCUUGUACAGUUAUAAUAUAUUUUCGAUACCAUUUUUUUUUUAUUUUUGGGUUAUGCUGGUUGCAUUUCAGUUAGUGACAUGUUAUACAUCGCGGCCUUGAUGGCGCGUUGUAAGGUGAGUCGAUUUGGACACGACGUUUCGAUGACAAAUACGAUAAAGCUGCAUCAAGGUUCCAGUUCAUGAUAGUUUCAUCAUGCUAAACUUGAUGCAAUCAUAACCAUUCACUAAUGUAGAUUUGAAUUUUGUCUGUCUAAAAAUUUAAUCAGUCAAAAAUUUACCGGACUGCCCGAGUGGUUGGUACUGUAUGGACCAGCACCUUAAACUAGUUGAGGCUAAGGCUCCCUUGUACAGUCAUAUAUUCUUAUGUAAAACAUGCAUCUGGACUGCUCGCAUGGCUCAUUUGUUUUACAAGAUACAAACAGGAAAUUGAUCUACCUUUUAUUAGAGGUCCACCAAGCAGCACUACUUUUACUUCCCACGCCUACUGGGCCGAACAUUUUCGAAAAUGAUAUAUUGUUUUUUGGAACACGAAAUACCAUGUCACUCAUUUCUGUCGGUCUGUCUAGUCGCUAAUCAUAUUACCGCCUAUAACUUGAAAAGUACCACUCGGAUUUUGAUCAAACACAAUGUUGCUACUAUGCCAAAGGCGAAAAAGCUUUGUAGUUUUUGAAAAUAUGUCCAGUGGUGGCGACGAAAAAGGCCAAAAACUAUAAAAAUAAAAACCGACCAAACUUUGUUUUUGACGUUUCAGAGGAUCAUUUUUGAAAAACAUUUUAGAUGUAAAAAAAGCUGAGGGGGUUGUAGAUGGUGGGGAGGGUAUAUCUUAAUUUUUUCAUGUUGGUAUAUUUAUACGUUCCCAACCUUGAUUAGACAUAUUUCGAACACCAUAGAUUUCUUGGUACAGUCCUUAACACUUGGCCACGACUGCUGCCCUUGUUAUUUUUUGAGUGUCCAUAAAAGAGAUAAAAGAAUGAAUAGAAAAAGCAAAAUACCAUAGGUUUCAGUUUAAACAAUUUCAAAAGCUGCUUCACGGAAGCGCAGUUUUAUACAAAAGUCACGCAAAUACGGUAAACACACUAGGGAAGGUUGUCUAUAUCAACUAAACAAAUUAUCCAAAUCAAGCAAGUGAUUCUAGAAAAAAUAUGUAGUAAUCUUAGCUAUUUUUUUGAUGGGAGUCCAGAUCACCGAAGACUUGAUCUUGAAUAGCGGCUGCUCCUGGGAAUAGCUCAGCUAUUUAUUUAGGGUUAAGAAGUAUUUUUCUGUCACUCCCAAUAAGACCUAGCUCGAAUACUGCUCACAUGUUUGGGGUGCUGCUGCCCCGACUACAUUAUCCAUGCUUGAUGCUGAUUAGUGCCGGACUGCUCCUACUGUCGAUGACUUCUCUAACGGACAACGAGUUUGGCUCCUCACAGCUCUCCUCCGUGCUAUCGCUGCGCGAUGUUCCUGCCAAACGGACCCGCCUGACUUCGGCCUCGCAUUCUAACCGUGUCGAACAUCCAGAACUGACCAGUACGACUGCUCCUUUGUCCCUAGGGUAUCGAGAUUGUGGUCUACGUGACGAGGCUUUUCCCAGCUUUAAUAACCUUAGGCAGUUCAAAAAUCGGAUUAACAAUGUUUCUUUAAGCUCCUCAUAGCAGCCGCGAUGUCUAGGUAUUUUAAGCUUCAGAAAGGUGUGGAAAAAGGCAUAUGUGCCUAAGCUUUGCACAUCACACCCGGUGCUCUUCGAUCUGCGCAGUUAUGCGUCUUGCGUUCAGACAGAGUAAUUUUAUACUCGGCAAAACCAGGUAUUCGGUAAAAUCCGUCGAGUACCACGCAUAAACCGAGUACUCAGUACAGUAAACCUUGCAAAAGCGAAUAAUAUUUCAUGUCUUCUUUUAAUGAAGUGCUCAAGUCGAUAUCGUCUGUCUAGAAUAUUCUCCCUCCGCCUGAGCUAAAGAGAGCUGGCGGCCUCGAGCAGAGAUGCCAUAUUGGGGAAUUUUCCCCACAAAUUUGGGUUAUGUUUCCCUUGGGGAAUUUUAGAGGGAUUCAAUUUACUGGGGGAAAAUAGAAACUGGGUAUUUUUAACCUCACAAAACUGUACACUCCUGAAUAACAAUUUUAUCUUUCUGUGGCUUUUUCUUUCCUCCUGUUUCUAUAGUAAUAAAACAAAAAAAAACUAAACAGUAAGAUGUGAACCGGCCAGUUGAUCUAGCUAUUCUUGUCUCAUGUAUUUAGAGAGAAAAAACUGGAUGUUCCACCGAUUUGCUCGUGUUGUAAAUUGACGAGUCUGCGAUUCCACAAAAACCAUAACUACUUUAAAUGCCACGAUCACAGAGUAUUUAUAUUAGAUAAAAAACGGAUUAUAAACACUGAUAAUUGGUGAUAUGAAAUGAUAAAUCGUUUUAUUCUCCUGCACCAGGCCCUAAAAACUAAUCAGCUAGGGGUCGAUUCUGUGGGAUGUUUGUGCUUGUUCUGAGGGAAUUCUGUCUGGCCCAUCUGGCAACGCUGUUCGCAUCCCACUUUCCCUAUUGAGUCUAUCACCAGUGAUGUCAGGUCUAGGGAUAUAUUCCUAAUGCUACGACAUGGCCGCGUGUGCUCUAGGGACAAUUGCCACCAAUAAAUUCAUCUAUGGACAUUGGGACUUUCAAGGGACAUCUUAAUUUAUUAAGUGCGCACUUUAUUUCCAAUUGUUUCUGUUCUCUUGGUCAACCACUUACAGCCUGAAAAACCAUCGUCUUUGAGUGUCAGCGUUGCUACCUCUUGGAGGGUUGGGAUUAUGGGAUUUCCAUAGCAGUUAUUAAAAAAUUCCGAGACUGUGAAAUCUUAGGAAUAACUACAAGUGAUGAUCUUCACUUGAAAUGUUGAAGGCAGAUUUAAAAACAAACAAAUCGACGUGGUAGCAGUUGGAGCGACAACAUCUCCGCCGUAUACAUAGUUUGUACCUUCACCUUACCCUCUUUCGCUUACAGAAGGAAGGAGAAGGUGAACUGAAAACACGCCUCUUAACUGAUUCGAAAAUGCAUUCUCAAUUUCGCGCUGGGUACAGGGGAACCUUAACUCGACGUUUUUGGUGUUCAUCUAAUGUCACUUGGCUGGAUUUUUGAGGAAGUAACUACCGAAAAAUUACGCAAAGUUCUUUCAAGUAGUGUCUUAAAAACUACCUGCACUUGAGUAACUGUUGUAUAUGUUCGUGGGGUAUGUUUGCUGCUUUACGUUUUCUUAUUGUUGAUUUUUCUUAGUUUAUUUAUUAUACAUGCGUUUUGUACAUCUGGUGUAAAUAAAUUCUCAUAUGUAUGAUGGAUGCCAUAAUGAUUAUUCGAAAACAUGAAACUUGAUUUUGUAAUAUUUGAAUUUAUUUUGUACAAAUACACAGUGAGUCAAAAUUAGAUACAACCUUUUCCACAAUAAAGGUAGCAACACAAAAUGUUUACUUUUAUCUAUUCAAUUUGGAAAAUACCACAUAAAUUGCCUUUUUUGCAAAUGUAUAACAUUUGUGUCAAUAUGUCCAUUGGUAACUACCUGAAGAUAGCCAGCCUGAUACUAUAUUACUGUGUCUAAAAAAUUAUCAGAGAUGAAAUAAGAUACCAUAACCUCAUCUGUGAGAAAUUGUCUCAGCUAUGUGUCUCCUUAUUAGAAAUCUACUUUGAAAAGGUUACUGCCUCAUAGAUGGGGCUGUAGCCAUCUGAACCGAUUUGACAUCCAUGCAGACCUUGGGUCUUUAGCUCGUUUUUUCCAAGUGAAAGAAAGAGCAAAUCUAUCAAUCAGAUAGAUAUACUCGUAUAAUAGAAACGCACCAUUAAUAAAUUAAUUAUUAUAGGGAUAGCCUUGGAUGUUAAUGUUUUUGAACGUCAGCUGCAGGGUAAUUCAUAGCCUCCCUUACCAGAGGGUUAGAAUGACUGAAACAUAUCAUGGAGCUCCCGUGAUGGAGAGGAUAGCUCUAUUUUAGAUUACCUUUAACGCAUUCAUGUUCAUCUCAGCAAAAAAGCACCAAGCCGCGUAUGCAUACAUCAUGAUAGGCCUAAUAAUAGAUUUGUAUAAAAGUAAUUAAGUGUGGUUGAUUAUCGACUGUUUCCUCGUAGCAGGGGCAUAGUCGUUUAAAAAUUCCCACAGCUUUGUUUCAGGUAGAUAGAACGUGUUGCCUUAGGCCCGUAUCGUCAGUCGUCCCUACAAUUUUAGGGCGCGUUUAUGGCCUCCUUGAUUGUCAUACUCCUUUCUCUCCUUCAAAAAUUUCUAGAUUACACUUGUCCCGUGUCAGCGUCAGCGCUCUCCUACUGUGAAGAUAUGUUUUCUUUUUAAAUUGUAGGAAAUUUCAGGCUGAUAAAACAUGAUAUAACUCAAAAGCAAGCACAAUUUGAUGCAAAUAGAUGUUUGUGACAUAACCUCAAAAUAGAUUUCUGACACGGAGAAGUGGAAAACUAUGACAAUCAAGGAGGCCAUAAAGGCGCCCUACAAUUGUAGGGACGACUGACGAUACGGGCCUUAAUGUUGAACUGUAGCCAAAUAUAUAUGAGUAUAAAUCUACAGCGCCAUCUAUGAGACACUAACCUUUUCAAAGGAGAUUUAGAGAAACAUAUGUAACAAAUUGUCAUAGAUGACGCUAUGCUAUCUCAUUUCAUUUCGAAUAAUUUUAGGACGCGGGAAAAUAGUACCAGGAUGGCGCUGUCUUCAGGUACGAUACGUUACAAUGCGUAUACAUAUAUUUUUUUCCUUAUAAUAUAGUCCUUGGUUGUGAUAAUACAAAAAUAAUAAUUACAAUACUACAAUUGUUGCAUUAUUCCUUAAUUUUUAUGGUUCCUUAGGUAAAUCCCUUUAUUGUUGCAUUCUGGUACAUGUAAAUAGUUGAUCCAUAGCUAAUAUAAAGUGUCAGUAUUAUUGUAUUUAAUAUUUUCAAUGCAGUUAUUUAGAAAAAAAUCCACAGAACCUAGCUGUAUAAACCCUGAUACCGUGUGUAGAACCAAUUAAACAACAAAUAUAUUUUAUUGAAGUUAUAAAUGUUACCCGUGUUUUCUAUAUCCAUCGAUUUUGUAUAUUAUUAAACAUUAGUACAACUUUUUCUUUGAUAAUUUGAUUAGGGUUUCAGUUACAUUCUAGUUAGUGAUUUCACUAAUUUCGUUUCUUCAAAUUGAAGAUUUUCCAUUUGUAAAAAAAAUGUUAGCUUUUAUAGUCAAACAUAGUAUGCUUCUGAUAGUAAUAACGGAUUUUUGUACAUAAUGUAACGAAUGAACAUUUUUGUAAAAUUUGUAUGCUUCAUUUAAAUUAUGUAAGCUGUAUAGUUAUAAAUAGUUUAACUUGUACUAUUCUAAAUACUCUUUUUAAUAUUCUAAUCACUGUAAACCCCCUGCAGGAACAAUUUGUAAAAUAUUUAAUGGGAAUAAAAUG